CACUAUUCCGGCACUGAACGCUGGUCGUGGACUGUCUCGGACGGCGUCUCUGCCGCGCUCGCGCAGACUGCGCUCAUGACCAUCUACGCCGUAGAUGACCGACCGAUCAUUGUCCUCCCGCCAGGCGCUUCCAUUGCCGGCGGCCCGGCAGGCUCGCGAGUCUCGCUCCACCCUCUUGCCGUCGUUGACGUCGACGCUGACUCGAUCCUCGUCUCGGUCUCCACCUCGGCCGGGCGGCUGGCCUUUGAGCCGAUCGUUGCCCACUCCGAUAACGCCACCCUCGCAUCCGCCGCCUCGGCGGCGCUCGCCGCCGUUGACGUCAUUGUUGGCUCGAGCUUGACGCCGCACUCGUCGUUUCUUAUCCACGGCUCGGUCGCCGACGUCAACGCCGCACUUGCCACCGUCGGCUACUACAAGCGCAACGCUGUUGCCGCGCCGACGUCGGACACAAUCCGCGUUGAGGCCACCCACGCCGGCGUACGUACUCUUGAAACCUUCUCAAUUGCGCUGCCAAAGGCUGCCGCAGUCGUCCACGAUCCGCCGCCCACGCUUGCCGCCGGUGCUGCCUCGCCUCCAAUCAUCUUUGCGCUUACCCUCCCGGUGCCGUGCGGCACCUCGCUCAUGCUCACACUCGCCACCGACCCGGCCGCUGCCGGCUCCAUCGCCUUUGCGCCCGGCACAGAGGUCAUUGUCUUUGCCGCCGGUGCCUCUACCGCCAACAUCACGGUUUAUGGCGUGACGCUUGGGCAGGCUGCCAUCAGAGUCACCGGCGUUGCAGGCUCGGCUGCAAGCUACUACGACUUUGCCACUAUCUCGCUCCCGGUCACCACUGUUGUGCCCGGCUCGGGCACCGUCGCUUCUGUCAGCCCGCUCAUCCUCACCUUUCCCACCUCAGUCAUCACUGUCACCGUCACGCUUACUGUGCCGCCGCAGUUUGGGACCGAGCUCGAGCUGAGCCCAGAGGUCCUGGCCGGGCCGGGUCUGGUCACCUUUGCCGACACGCCUGCGCUCUUCCCAGCCGGUGCCCUGCAGGCCACGUUCACUAUGCUCGGCGCUGGGCCAGUCUACGGCAACGUCACCCUCGGCUUUGUCGCCUCGGGUACGGCACUCGCGCAGUUCAACGUCUCUGCGUAUGCAGAAGUUGUCACCACCGUCGUUCCGCAAACCGACGCUGUCAUCACCCUGGCACCGCUCCCGGCGUAUGUUCGCGUCGGCCAGCGUGCCGCAAUCCCCACCAACUUUACCCUCUCGGCGCCGGUCCAGCCGAGGGGCACGCUUACACUCACAAUCGCCGCCGCGGUUGACCCCAUCCGCCCAGUGGCGGAGCAAGGCUCAGUGACCACCACGCCGGCAGCGGUCUCGGUCACCGCUGUCGACGGCGUCUCGGGCUUUGGCCUCUACCUCUCCGGUGCCACCGUCGGCUGGGCAUACGGCAAUGUGGUGGUGGGCGGCAACUCGGGUGGUCAGUUCAACGCCUCGUCGCUGGCCGGCACCUACCUCACUCGCGUCCUCCCGACCUUUGCAUUUGCCGAGUGUGCACUCUCGCCGCUGUUUGUGGGCGAGGCAUGCUCGCUCUCGUUCUUCCUCGCUUUUGAGCCGCCGGCGGCGCUCACGGUUCCGGUGGCUCCGCUCGGCGACAACGCGCCGAUCUCGGUUGACCUCGGCGAGUCGGCGUCGGUCACCUUUGCGGCCGGCUCGCCGGCGGGCGCGCUGGCAGUCACGUCUCAUACCGUCAACUACACCGGUGUGCCGGUGAGCAUCACUCUGCCCGCGUCGGCUGGAGGGACAACCAUCACGUCAGAGCCCGUGGUGGUCCGCGAGCCGGACCCACUGGUUGUCAUCGCCGCGCCGCGGUGGAUCCUCGUCGGCGCCACCGCGAAGGACUUUGUCCUCGGCCUUCCCUAUGCUCCGCGCUCAACCUCGCAGGCGCUCGUGGUCAACGUUGCGCCGUCAGACCGUGCCGAGUCGACCGCACCGUUUGAGCUGCGCGGCUCGACCAGCUUAACCUUGGCCACUGCAGCGCAGUCGGUCAGCUUCGGUCUUGCCUCGACGAGCGCAACAAGGACUGGCACCAUUCACCUCGACGUCAACGUCGAUGCUGCUGCAUCGUCGGCGGCGCUCCAGUACGCCGACCCCAAGGCCCUGCUGGCGUCGAUCGAGGUUCUAGACCACGACGGCAUCACAUACAUCUCGCAGGUUGAUCGCGACCUUGUCAUCGACACCGAGCGAACCAUCACCAUCGCCCUCACCUCGCCUGUCCCGACCGGUGAGCUCCUCGAGGUCGAGGUCGUGACAUCCGGCUCGGGCGAGGUCUCGCUCGCGAACUCGGGCACCGCGCCGUCGCCAACGCCCGCAUCGAGCCUGGUGCAGAUUCGGUUAGCCUCACCAUGCGCGCCCUCCGUGUCGGCUGGGUCGCUGUUCGUGCCCGCCACGGUGGCUCGACAAGCACCGCCGCUGCCGCCCGGUUUGCCGUCGACCACGUGGCGUACUCGUUCCGAGUCAUUCCGGCGUGUGCUUUUGGCCAGGUCGUCAACUGCGCCUUUGCCUGUGUCCCGCACGGACAAGACUCGCCGGCCACAUGCGCGUCGCAGUCCAAGGCGUCGCCGUGGACCAUCAUCCUGGCUGCCAUUGGCUCAGUCCUUCUCUGUCUCUGCAUCUUUGCUCUCUGCCUCUUCCUAAUGCGCCGGGGGCGGACCAAGGAGGACAAGGAGAUUGACGCCGCCCUGGUCGAGCUCCGCAACGAGUCCACCAAAAAGGUGACCGUCCACAAGAAGACCGUCGUCGUCCUCGAGUCGGUUACCGAUGACGAUGACGCGGAGGAUGAGACUGAUGAGGCCCGUGGCUCGUCGUCAACCGAUGGGUUCUUUGCGGACGACGACGACGAUGAUGAUGAUGAUGACGGCGACGGAGGCGACCCAGCCGACGCCACAGUCGGUGGUGACCGGUAUCUGACCAAGAAGACAAGAUAUUGAACAUGUCACCACGUCUUGACACUUAGUUUGCGUUCAUUACGCGGGGCGAAGCGACAUCACUUGCGGCAGACCUUGAUGAGGUAGCGGAUGCGGACACGGGUCUCGUCAAAGACACAGUACUCCGA